AUGAAUAUUGCAUGUACAAUUUGUUUGGAUCGAUUUUUUCUUUCGUCAAUUAUAUCAGCUUCUCCAUGUGGUCAUUUAUUUCAUGAUAAAUGUUUGGAUCGAUGGCUUGUCGACGAACGAAAAAAGACUUGUCCACAAUGUCGUACAUCAAUUACACCAAAACAAAUUUUAAAAAAACUUUAUUUAAUGGAACCACUCUGUCAAACACAAGUACCAUCUGGUGGUCAAGAUUCUUUUGAACUUCUUCAUCAACUUGAAACACAAGAAGCAAAACUACUCGAAUGUGAACAACGUUGUCGAAAAACUUUAAGUGAUUUACAAAAAAGUGAAGAACGACGACAAACAUUCGAAAAUGACGUCAUUUCAUUACGAAAACAAUUAACUGAACAAUCAAAUAAACAUCAACGAAUAAUAAAUGAACGAGAUGCUAAAAUUAAUAUGUUAAUUGAACAAUACAAACAUGUUGAUCUAUCAAAUAAAAAAGAUGAACAAAUUAAAUCUUUACAAGCAAAAUUAGGUGAAUAUCGAAACGUUGAACUAAUUUAUAAAGGUCUUGCAAGUAAUUUCAAAGCUGAAUUACAAAAAAUGGUUGGAUCUUGUCAAACAAUUCAAGAUAAAGAUCGUGUGAUAGAAGAAUUAAUACGUUAUAAUGUCAUAUUAAAAGAGGAACAUAGUAAAAUGUCAGAUGAUAAACAAGAUUUAAUAAGAAAUUUAGAUCGAAUAACUGCACAAUGUGAAAAAAUGCAAUUAGAAAAACGACAAGCACUUAAACGGUAA